AUGUCUGAGAGAACGGGUCGAGAGUGUACAUAUUUAUUUUGUGAGUAUGUCAUAGAGCUUUACCGUGACAUAUACUUGCGAAAUCUGACUAAAAGCGAUGUCGAACAGUUGUAUGCUGCACAUCAAGCGAAACAUGGUUUUCCAGGGAUGCUUGGUAGCAUUGAUUGUACACAUUGGGAGUGGGAAAAUUGUCCGAACGUGUGGCGUGGCCAGUUCACGCGAGGUGAUCAUGGGGUGCCGACUGUUAUUUUGGAGGCGGUGGUCUCAAAUGACCUAUGGUUUUGGCAUGCAUUCUUUGGUAUGGCCGGGUCAAACAUUGACUUGAAUGUGCUCCAAGCGUCUCCGAUAUUUAAUGAUAUUUUACAGGGAAAAGCACCAGAAAUGUCAUAUGUUGUCAAUGCAAAUGAAUACAAAUAUGGAUAUUACCUAGGUGAUGAGAUAUAUCCAGAAUAUGCUACGUUUGUCAAGUCAUACACAUUUCCGGCCGACGAUAAACGGAAAAUGUUCAAGUUAGCACAAUAA